CCCGGGCUUGUUGCGAAACAGAGAAGUCACAAAGCGGCGGCCCGGCCGCCGUGCAGGCGCGCGGCGACCUCCCCUCGGACGCGACGCCGGGGCUGCGGGGCCGCGGGGUCCGGCUCCUUUCGCUUUUGGUUCGGCCUCCGGGCUGGGGGCGGCUCCCGGGACGCGCGGGCGAGGAUGCCUGCCCGGCCGCCCUGGCUCUCGCUCAACUCCAGAGAAAUGGAUUAACUCCUCUCGGCCCCACCUUCCUCAGGGUUUCCGGGGUACCAGGCCUCGAACCCCGACGGCUUCCUCCCCGUGGCCUCGCCGUCCGCCUGGGGACAGCCACCCCAUCCCGCCGCGCUGUGGCUGCGGCUCCUGGGCUCCGGGCAGAAGUGUUCGGUGAGGUUCGCCAGGCCACGGGGCGUGGAUGUGGCACCCACCUGGAGGGUGUCUACCUGAAAACCAAGAGAGUGUAAAGGGGGGGAGUGGCGGAAGCCGGGCCGAGUGGUGCGGGCAGAGGCGCGGGCGGGGCGGAGGCGGGGGAGCACUGAGCUCUGGCCGAGCCUGGACGGCCCCAGUGUUGCCCACAGUUCUGCUUCCCCCACCCCAAGCCCCACAGCAGACUUUUUGUUUCCUAGAAAUAAAGUUUCCCUUUCUCCUCGCACGGAUCAGGGCUAGCACAAGCGUGGAGCCACGACCUAAAAUGACUAAUGGUGACUUGAUACAGUUCAAACCCUGCAAAAGGGAUUCGUGUUCUGGAGGAGCUUGAAAGCGUGAUUUUGAAGUAGAGCCUGCGCCCAAAGUAUGUGGCCGAGAUCAUUGGGUCACUGGAAACCAAAGGUGGUUCUGGAAUGGAGCCAGGAUCAAUACCACGUUUUAUUUGAUUCCUACAGAGACAAUAUUGCUGGGAAGUCAUUUCAGAAUCGGCUCUGUCUGCCCAUGCCGAUCGACGUGGUUUACACCUGGGUGAAUGGCACAGAUCUUGAACUGCUGAAGGAACUGCAGCAAGUCAGAGAACAGAUGGAGGAGGAGCAGAAAGCAAUGAGAGAAAUCCUUGGAAAGAACACGACGGAACCAACUAAGAAGAGUGAGAAGCAGUUGGAGUGUCUGCUGACACACUGCGUUAAGGUGCCAAUGCUUGUCCUGGACCCAGCCCUGCCGGCCAGCAUCACGCUGAAGGACCUGCCAGCUCUUUAUCCUUCCUUUCAUUCUGCCAGUGACAUAUUCAACGUUGCAAAACCAAAAAACCCUUCCACUAAUGUCUCAGUUGUUGUUUUCGACAGUACUAAGAGUGUUGAAGAUGCCCACUCUGGAAUGCUUAAAGGAAACAACAAACAGACAGUUUGGAGGGGCUAUUUGACAACAGACAGAGAAGUUCCUGGGUUAGUGCUCAUGCAGGAUUUGGCUUUCCUGAGUGGAUUUCCACCGACGUUCAAGGAAACAAAUCAACUGAAGACAAAAUUGCCAGAAAAUCUUUCUCUUAAAAUAAAACAGUUGCAGUUAUAUUCAGAGGCCAGUGUAGCACUUCUGAAGUUGAAUAACCCCGAAGAUUUUCAAGAACUGAACAAGCAGACAAAGAAGAACAUGACCAUUGAUGGAAAAGAGCUGACCAUAAGUCCUGCAUAUUUAUUAUGGGAUCUGAGUGCCAUCAGCCAGUCUAAGCAGGAUGAAGAUGUGUCUGCCAGCCGUUUUGAAGAUAAUGAAGAGCUGAGGUACUCACUGCGAUCUAUUGAGAGGCAUGCGCCGUGGGUUCGGAAUAUUUUCAUUGUCACUAAUGGGCAGAUUCCAUCCUGGCUAAACCUCGAUAAUCCUCGAGUGACAAUAGUCACACACCAGGAUGUUUUUCGAAAUCUGAGCCACUUGCCUACCUUCAGUUCACCUGCUAUUGAAAGUCACAUUCAUCGCAUUGAAGGGCUGUCCCAGAAGUUCAUUUACCUGAAUGAUGAUGUCAUGUUUGGAAAGGAUGUCUGGCCAGACGAUUUUUAUAGUCACUCCAAAGGUCAGAAGGUUUAUUUAACGUGGCCCGUGCCAAACUGUGCUGAGGGCUGCCCGGGGUCCUGGAUCAAAGACGGCUAUUGUGACAAGGCGUGUAACAACUCAGCCUGUGAUUGGGAUGGUGGCGACUGCUCUGGGAACAGUGGAGGGAGUCGCUACAUGGCAGGAGCCGUGGGUACCGGGAGUUUUGGAGCUGGACAGCCCUGGCAUUUUGGUGGAGCAAUAAGCGGUGUCUCUUACUGUAAUCAAGGAUGUGCCAAUUCCUGGCUCGCUGAUAAGUUCUGUGACCAGGCCUGCAAUGUCUUGUCCUGUGGGUUUGAUGCUGGCGACUGUGGGCAAGAUCAUUUUCAUGAAUUGUAUAAAGUAACUCUUCUCCCAAACCAGACUCACUAUGUUAUUCCAAAAGGUGAAUGCCUGCCUUAUUUCAGCUUUGCAGAAAUAGCCAAAAGGGGAAUUGAAGGCAUCUAUAAUGACAACCCAAUAAUCCGACAUGCUUCUAUCGCCAAUAAGUGGAAAACCAUCCACCUCAUAAUGCACAGUGGAAUGAACGCCACCACAAUACAUUUCAAUCUCACGUUUCAAAGUACAAAUGAUGAAGAGUUCAAAAUGCAGAUAGCAGUGGAGGUUGACACAAGGGAGGAGCCCAAAUGGAACUCUACGACUCAGAAGCCUCGCCAAAAUUUGGUUAGCCCAGCACUUCUUCCAGAGGCGGAGGUCCUGUUUGAGGAUAUUCCCGAAGAAAAACGCUUCCCCAAGGUCAAGAGACAUGAUGUUAACACUACAGGAAGAGUCCAAGUGGAGGUGGAAAUUCCGCUGCUCAAUAUUUCACUCCUUCCAAAAGAGGCCCAGUUGAGCCUCAGCAACUUGGAUUUGCAACUAGAACGUGGAGACAUCACCGUGAAAGGAUACAACCUGUCCAAGUCAACCCUGCUGAGGUUGUUUGUGUUGAACUCGAAGGAUACCAGGUUAACAAUAAAUCAUGCUCUAAUGACAGAUCAAAGAAAUGACAGUUUGGAGGCCCCGCUGGAAAAACAGGUUCACAGAAGCAGCUUACCGAGCAUCAUGGGAGCAUCUGAAAGACUCCAGGGGUCGCCAGCUUUUCCAGCAGUGACAAUAGAAGUGAAUGGCCGCUCCCAGAGUCAGACUCCACCCCCGAACCUAGAAACCGAAGCAAGAUUCCAGUCUAAAACCCUGACCCAAAAAGUAGGAGGCGGAAGUGUGUUAAAAGAAAAUCUCUCAUCUCUGAUUGUCACACUGGAAAACAAGGAGACACAAGAAAAGAUAAUCGCAGGCAAAGAAGAGAAAAACAGAAUGGAGGAAAACGCUAACAGUUACCUAGGUGGUGAUGAAGUAUUACCUGGAAGAAAACUGCAACAUUACACAGACAGUUACCUGGGCUUUUUGCCGUGGGAGAAGCAAAAGUAUUUCCAAGAUCUUCUUGAUGAAGAAGAGUCACUGAAGACACAACUGGCGUACUUUACUGACAGCAAACACACAGGGAGGCAACUGAAAGAUACGUUCGCAGAUUCCCUCCGCUAUGUAAAUAAAAUUCUAAACAGCAAGUUUGGAUUCACAUCUCGGAAAGUCCCUGCACACAUGCCCCACAUGAUCGACCGAGUAGUUAUGCAAGAACUGCAAGAUAUGUUCCCUGAAGAAUUUGACAAGACAUCAUUCCACAAAGUGCGCCAUUCUGAAGACAUGCAGUUUGCCUUCUCUUACUUUUAUUAUCUCAUGAGUGCAGUUCAGCCGCUGAAUGUAUCUCAAGUUUUUGAUGAAGUUGAUACAGACCAAUCUGGUGUCUUAUCAGACAGAGAAAUCCGAACGCUGGCUACCAGAAUUCAUGAUCUUCCUUUAAGUUUGCAGGAUUUAACAGGUCUGGAACACAUGUUAAUAAAUUGUUCAAAAAUGCUUCCUGCUAAUAUCACUCAGCUAAACACCAUCCCGCCAACUCAGGAAGCGUACUAUGAUCCCAAUCUGCCACCAGUCACUAAAAGUCUAGUAACCAACUGUAAACCAGUAACUGACAAAAUCCACAAAGCAUAUAAGGACAAAAACAAAUAUAGGUUUGAAAUCAUGGGAGAAGAAGAAAUUGCUUUCAAGAUGAUUCGUACCAAUGUUUCUCAUAUAGUUGGCCAGCUGGAUGAUAUAAGAAAAAAUCCCAGGAAGUUCGUUUGCCUAAAUGACAACAUUGACCAUAAUCAUAAAGAUGCCCAGACAGUGAAGGCUGUUCUCAGGGACUUCUAUGAAUCCAUGUUCCCCAUACCAUCCCAGUUUGAGCUGCCAAGGGAAUAUCGAAACCGUUUCCUUCAUAUGCAUGAGCUGCAGGAAUGGAGGGCAUAUCGAGAUAAACUGAAGUUUUGGACUCAUUGUGUGCUAGCAACAUUGAUUAUGUUUACUAUAUUUUCGUUUUUUGCUGAACAGUUAAUUGCACUUAAGCGGAAGAUAUUUCCCAGAAGGAGGAUACACAAAGAAGCUAGUCCCGAUCAAAUCAGGGUAUAAAAGAUCUUCAUUUGAAAAUCUACCUCAGCGUCUACUGAGCAUUUUAAAACUCGGCAUCGCAGAGAUGUCUUCACGAUGUGAUGCUUACCCAGCUCUGCCUGAAGAAGGAAAAACACCCAAUACUUGUUUUCUGGACUGAACAGAGCCUACUGACCAGGAAUUGCUUAACCAAUACACCAAAAACUUGUGUGUUGAGCAGCUGCGGUUUCACUUGUAAAGCAUUUGCUCAUGUACCUGUCUGUCCUUUUAUGAAAAGGCUCACUGAUGAGAGACAGCUGUGGUUGCUAUGGGAGCUGAGCAGCUAACUAGAUGAGGGCGAGGCCAGCUUGAGUGCUACUGCUAAGAGUCCCCAGUCUUUUGCAUUCCAAAGCUUUUUUGCUGUGAUUUUUACAUUUUUGGGUUUUUUAAGUAGCUACUGAGUUAACUAGUGAUCCUUGCUUUUGAAAACAGUGAAUUGGGAUGUGCUUUUAUACGUUAUUUAAAUAAUGCAGCAGUAUCACUUCCCAUUUGCAAUAUCUAAAUUAUCUAAAUUAUCGAUUUUAUUAACAUUUAAGAGUCUAAAUGAUCUUAAGCACUUACCAUUACGGAUGAGCUCAGUGACUGACAGCUUGAUACUUUGUCCUUGUUUACUUCAGCCCCUCAGAAUACUGUGAUUUCAUGUGGAGGCCUAAUGACAAAGGGCUAGAGUUAAGUACUUGCCAGAUGUAAUUAUGAUUUGGAGAUGUACAUACUCAAACAGAAGUGCCUCAUUUUAGAAGUGAGUAAUGCUGAUGGUACUGGCACAUAACAGUGGUGUCUUUUUAAAUACUCAUCAGUGGAUUCCAGUAGCUGUCUCUAUCAGUUUCAUAUAACGCACAGUCAGCAAACAUUUUCUGUAAAAAGCCACAUAGUAAAUAUUUGCAGGACACAUGUGUCUGUUGCAUAUUCUUUGUUUAGUUUUUGUUUUUUAACAGUCCUUUAAAAAUGUCAAAACCAUAUCUAACUUGCAGCUGUACAAAAACAGUCUACCAGCUGGAUUUGGGAUCGUUUGCUGAGCAUUGGAAUAGAGAAUUAGUAUUUUUAAGUGUGGGUAAGCCCUGAUGUUCAGCCAUAUUUUAUUUAUGUGGAUUUCUGGAGACCAGAUUCCAUGAGUCCUUUUUGAACUCUGACAAGUAUUUUAGACCAUGAUCUUAACAGUAGUAUUCUUUCAAAACAGCAUACAUAUUUUAUAAAAAGAACUUGUAAGUACUGUGUUUGUGCUGUAAGAGUUAUGUAUUUCAAGAAUUGAAGUCUCAUAAAAAAAUUCAUCUGAUGCUUUGAUUUUUAACCUUUGAGGAGUGAGUUUAUUGUUACUCAGAUUCAGCAAUCACUUGAGUGCAUAUACAGUAUGCCAGGGUCUAUCCUGAACACAAGUGAAAUUAAGAGGAAAGCAGUAUAAAGAAGGGAUGGUAAUAUUACAGACUGGCGAAUGUCAUUAUAUGGGGAAAAUAAGUUCUAAAUGGGAUUGAUAUGGUAAAAAUUUAGGGGUUCUCUGUGUAUCAUUCUUCAAGUGAAUAAUUCUAGGAAAGUUGGAGAAAUGAACAUUUGGGUGUGAUGCAGAUUUCUGUGGUCAGGUGAAUAUAAUCGACACCUUACUUAGAGCUUAGUAGAUAACAGGAUGAAUAGAAUCAUAGAAUAUUCAUAGAAUCAUUAGAACAAAGGAACCUCAGAAGUUGAUGAGUAGUCAAAUGGUCUUCAAGGAUUUUUUAAAGCCUCAGAACUAAUAGUUCAAGUGAAAGCCUCUGGAUGUCGGCCAGUAUGGAAAACAGAAAGAAAGCUGCUCAUUCCCCAGAGCAGUGCCUCCAGAACUCCCAGGCUUCACAGGCAGAGUUUCAGAGCCCACAUCUUAUGUGUUAUCAUCGAGAAAACCAGGACCAGGAAGAUCAUGUGACUUGUCCAAGGUCUCACAGCCAGUUAGGGGCAGAGCCCAGAUUGUCUCCUUCUCCAGUCCCCUGCAGGCUGUGCUGCCUGCCCGGGACACAGUGGCAUGUGCAAGUGAAUAGCACACUCUCUGCAGUCAGACUUAGGGUGUUCAAGUGCUCGCUCCUAGACUGUUUGCCAAGGUUCGGCUUUCUCUUCUAAAACAUGGGAGGCAAUACUGGUGUCUACCUCACAGGCUUCCGAUGAUGAUGGAAGAAAUGACAUACGUAACAUACCUAGUACAGUGCCUGGCAAAUAGUCCUGCCUGAUAAAUGUCAGUGGUGAGGAUGGUAGAGGAAAGUGUGUGUAAAGGCUUGUUAUCCGGGUCAGAGGUGAGGUUUCCAGUGUAGUCUUUAGGGUGAAAUUAUUACAUUGCCUUUAGCUAAGGAAGUGACACAUUUUCUAAUUAAAAAUAUUUCUGCCUA